AGUGUGUGCGCGUGUGAGUGAGUGAGAGAGACGGAGAGAAAGAGACAGGAUUACAGUAGUUGGAGCAGGUGAUCUUGCCAUAAACCUCCAAGGGGCUGAUCGUUAAGAUCACUGAGCACAGGAUUUCUGUCCCGACCAUGGCGCCAGCUAGCUGCCCAGCACUGCGUGCCACGCUGCCGAUGCUACUUCUCCUGGGAUGUGGCAUUACUUUUUCGCUGGGACAGAAUGACACUGAACCGAUCGUUUUGGAGGGAAAGUGCUUGGUGGUUUGCGAUUCGAACCCCUCGGCAGACGGAGGGGUCACAUCCUCGCUCGGAAUAUCUGUCCGAUCUGGCAGCGCGAAGGUGGCUUUCUCCGCUGUCAGAGGAACAAAUCACGAACCUUCAGAAAUGAGCAAUAAAUCAAUGACCAUCUACUUCGACCAGGUAUUAGUUAACAUUGGCAACCAUUUCGACCUAAAAGCGAGCGUAUUCCAGGCCCCGAGGAGAGGAAUUUACAGUUUCAGCUUUCAUGUGGUCAAGGUAUAUAACAGACAGACGAUACAGGUGAACUUGAUGCAGAAUGAAUACCCCGUGAUAUCAGCGUUCGCCGGAGACCAGGAUGUCACCCGCGAGGCCGCCAGUAAUGGAGUUCUGCUGCAUCUCGAGCGCGAGGACAAACUCUAUCUGAAGCUGGAAAGGGGCAACCUGAUGGGCGGAUGGAAAUAUUCAACAUUUUCUGGUUUCUUAGUGUUUCCUUUAUAAACAUCGACUUUGUUUCAAUCGACUCUUCUGCGACCGAAGGUCAAGUACAUAUAGCCUACUAUUCAUUUGAAAAGAAAGAAAAGAAACAAACAAAACAAGAACGAAAAAAAGAAUCAACACAAAAACUGCCAAAGAAGCAGAACGAUAUCGACAUAAUUAAAUAUCUACGUUGAAUAGUGGCACUUCCUUGGAGCCCGCACUUCCAGAUAAUUUCAGAUUUUUGUUAUGGCUUGGAUAAUGAACCUGUUCGUAUUUACAAACGGUGAAGCUCGAUAUUCAUGCCCGGGAUUGUAUUGCUGGGGAAUCGGUUAAGUUUCUGUCUACAGACAAUACGGCGGACAGGUGAAUGAAAGAGAGUGUUCACCAACCCAGAACCGUCAUAUCUUUGUCACCAUGCUUUAUUUUUUUGUGUCUGUGCAGUCCUUAAGAAAACGGCCUCCGUCAAGUAAAGUGUGUGGAUAUCUGGACGUUUCAUGUGACAAGAAGUGCUUUAUCGAGAAAAGCAAAGUUUGCACGAAUGGAAGAUGUUUUGCUUUGUUCUGUGUUGUUCCUGGUGUUUCUCCUGGAUGCCAAGCAUAUUGGAAAUAAUUCAAAUGUUAUUAAGACGCAUACUAUUUAAAGUGAUUGUUCAAAAAAGAAAGAAAAAACCUGCGUCAUAUUUCUGUUAAUGAAGACAUAUUAAACAUUGGAAAACUAUUUUGCUAAAACAUUAAUCUAAUUUAUAAAAUAUAUAUAUACAAAUAUCGUCUACGGUACGUUUCGGAUAUGCGUAGCUAGCUUUGAUUUAUUUGUUCAGUAACGUUGCUCUUAAAUGUUUAACUAUGUUGUGAAAGAGCUACAGAAAAUCCUCCUAUAACAUUAGGCCUAAAUGAUAAUAAAAUAUCGUAUUGUUAUGCUUAUCUACUUCCUUUCGUUUUUCCCUACACUCAUUUCCAGAGCAAAGCUAGACAAAAACGCAAUUCUUUUGAAGGGCGCUUUCUCUCUGAAGUUGUAGGCUACACAUAGAGAAAAAAUGCACAUUUUCUUUAAAGAACUGCAUGACUAAUAUUAAUUCAUCGUACUUAUACAUGUUUGAAUUAGGACCUAUAUUUAAUUGUUAAAAAACGGCUAUUUUCUACUUGCAUGUUGACUGGUCCCAACAGCAAGAGAAAGCACCGUCGGCACACAUCGUCCUGUCCAUGGUCCUGAAGCAGAAAUCUUAUCGUCCCUGCAGCUUUUAGAGCACGAGGAAGCCUGUACCAGCGCAUUAUACGCGAAUUCAAAUCAAAUCAUACAUUAUUAUCAUUAUUAUUAGUAUUAUUAUUAUUAUUAUUAUUAGUAGUAGUAGUCAAUUCGUAGUAGUAGUAUUGAUUAGUAGAUGAUCAUAUACAAGAGUAAAAUGAAUACAUAAAGCUGUGAAAGUUUACACGCAACUACACGUUCUAGAACAUGCCUGGUUCUAAUAAGAAUUCUAGAUCGAUUCCAGAAGACAAAAGUUCAAAAUUAUCAGACGUGUAACAUUCAGAAAGCUUUUGAUAACCGUUUCACAGUACGUCAUUCGUGACAAUAGAGGGCAACUAGGAUGUUCAGUGCGAACAGCUAAAGCAUCCACGGACAACUUUGAUAAAAAUCGACAAUGUACGGCAUAACGCGUUUUCACGCAUCGCGACGCUGUCCAUACCUCGAAAGCAUUUCAUACUACCAUGCAGUCACAUUGAAGAGGGUUAUAGAAUAGGCAUGUGUUCUUUUCAAUACAAAUACCUUUUCUGUGUGCGUCUGUCAUAUUUUUCAACUGAACUGGUUGGCAAUGGGCAGCAUUGACAAUAUAGCCACAGGAGCCAUAGAUAUCUGUUUAAUUGAGUGGCCUGUGUGUCUUAUAUUUUUUUAUCCUAUGUAACUUACAGUUGAAUGGAACUGAUUUUUUUUUCAUUACCUCAAUUUAUUAUACAGCAGAACAGAACGCUAAUAUACAGUGCAAUCUCAGUAAAAUAUUUGCUUAUGCCAAUAGGUAAA